AUGGCCACAGCGCUUCGCUGGUUAAAGGGAUGGCGUGGAAAAGGGGAUCACCCGGAAGAUAGCCCGGACUCUCGGCGGGCACUGAACGAGGAAUCUCAUUUCGGUUCUCCCUCUCCACCGUCUACUUUGCAACAUCGAGCCACGGUGGUAGAAAGGGUUGAACUUCGCGAUGUCGAGAGAGGUGAUCGGCUUAAUCCUAACUCCGACCAGUAUUACAUCGAGCCCCGUCUUAGUCUGUUGGGAAAGCCAGUGGCUUCUCACCAUCGACCUCGAGAAACGUGCUUCCGGAAAUUACAAUGUAUCAUCUACAACUUCCUGGAACAACCUCGAGCACGUAAAGCUGUUUUCUACCAUCUUCUCGUGUUUUUAAUGGUGUUCUUGUGCUUGGUGCUUAGCGUUUUCUCAACAAUAAAUGAUUAUGAAGAGGUUGCAGGUGCAAUUUUGCUACGAAUGGAAAUUGUGAUGAUUGUUUGGUUCACCUUCGAGUUCUUCCUCCGAUUAUGGUCCGCUGGUUGCAGAUCUCGCUAUCAAGGCUGGUUGGGUCGCCUUCGCUUUCUUCGAAGUCCAUUCUGUGUCAUAGAUGUAAUUGUCAUCAUUGCAUCCUUUGUGGUACUAGCUGUGGGGAGCAGUGGGCAGGUGUUUGCUACUUCUGCCUUGCGAGGGCUCCGUUUCUUCCAGAUCCUGAGGAUGGUGCGUAUGGACAGGAGGGGCGGAACCUGGAAACUUCUAGGUUCCGUUGUCUAUGCACAUCGCCAGGAACUCAUCACCACUCUGUACAUUGGCUUCCUUGGUUUGAUAUUUUCAUCAUUUUUAGUUUAUCUCGCUGAAAAGGACCAAAAAAACACGAACUUUCAUAGUUUCGCUGACGCUCUCUGGUGGGGAGUUGUUACGUUGUGUACUGUAGGAUAUGGUGAUAUGGUCCCUACUACUUGGCCCGGGAAACUAAUAGCAGCCUUCUGUGCUUUAUUAGGAAUAUCAUUCUUUGCUCUUCCUGCCGGAAUCCUUGGUUCCGGAUUUGCUUUGAAAGUACAACAACAGCAACGACAAAAGCAUAUGAUAAGACGAAGGGUACCUGCCGCUACUCUCAUCCAGUGCCUCUGGCGGUGCUAUGCAGCGGACGAGCAUUCUAUGUCCAUAGCUACCUGGAAAAUUCACCAGGUGCCACUACCGAGCCCGCCCCCGUUUAAGCACAACACGUCCUUUGUAAGCCGUCUCUCCACAAUCCGACGUCAUAAGCCUGGAGCCUCUACUUAUGGCCAUUCUCCGUCUCCGAGGAGCAGGUUUGGAGAGUUUCACGUUUCAACAGAAAAUGUCGGAUCAAAGGUCAACGCCAGUUUUAGCGAGGAUAAUGUCUCAAAAGAUGUGGACAUAUCCAAAAGAAAUUCUGAUGAAGAAGAAACAGAGGAACCAAAAUUCACUGUUUUAACAAAACAGCACAAGUCGGCAAUUAGAGCUAUUAGAAAGAUAAAAUACUUCGUCGCUAGGAGAAAGUUCAAAGAAGCUUUAAAACCUUAUGACGUGAAAGACGUGAUAGAACAAUAUUCGUCAGGUCACGUUGACCUAUUAGGCAGGGUAAAAAAUUUGCAGGGAAGGUUAGAUCUCAUUUUGGGAAAAGCAGGUUCAACAGCUAAGGAUGUAUAUCAGUCCAAAAUCAGCUUAGCCUCGAGGAUAGUGAAAGUGGAAAGAUCGGUUGAAGAUAUCGAGAAUAAGUUAGACCAGCUCAUGGAAAUGUACUUAGAAGAUAGACAACAAUGGAAUUCACCUGUGACACUUAACAAUAUACCGCCCUCGCCAUCACACUCCAUGAUGACUUUAGCGCCCCUAAAAAGUCCCACCUCACCACUUCCUUCAGCUAUUCCACCCACACUGGACAGAGUCAGAUAUAAUUUUGCAGAGAAACAACCUAGUGAGCCCAACACUCCUGUAAUAAAGAACAUCAGUCGACCCAUGCAGCGUGGAAAUUCAGACCUGAGUCAGAGGCUGAAAAAGCGAGUCACAUUGUGUCAUUCACUAGACACGAACACAAAUGUAAUAGAACAGCCUCAGAGGUCAGCUGAAAGUGACUCUUUUUUAGCGGUGUGUCCAAGUAUAAGGAUUGAGUCAGAAAACCAAGUGGAUUCUCAAAGUACGCUGUUGUCAUCGGUAGACUCUGUAGGUCAGAUUAGUACGGCAGGUACAGAAGUCGAGUCUUUAGCAGCAAGCGAAGGAGAUCCUGAACUUUGUCCUGAAGAUACCGAAAUAGCAGAGUUUCUAAGACCAGGUGGAAGUGAAAAUGCUGACUCUGACUGUGACAUCAGCACUGUUACUAUUAUCUUACCUGAAAAGGCUUCCUUACUGAGGCAGCAAGUACGAGAUUUGAAAACUUAA